GGCUGCCAGGAGAUUUCAGCCCCGUUUCGCUGCUCUCUGGAGCUGAUGGCUGCAGCCCACCUCUGCAUAGGGGUGUGUAAACUUGGUGGAACUCGAGGUUUUUGUGUGAAAAGCUCUUCUCACAUCUCGGCGCAGCCAACAUGCCUGAGCAGAGCAAUGAUUACAGGGUGGUGGUGUUCGGAGCAGCGGGGGUCGGCAAAAGCUCCCUGGUCCUGCGCUUCGUAAGGGGCACUUUCAGGGAAACCUACAUCCCCACCAUCGAGGAUACGUACCGGCAGGUGAUCAGCUGUGACAAGAGCAUCUGCACCCUGCAGAUCACGGACACCACGGGCAGCCAUCAGUUCCCUGCCAUGCAGCGGCUCUCCAUCUCCAAAGGGCAUGCCUUCAUCUUGGUGUACUCCGUCACCAGCAGGCAAUCCAUGGAGGAUCUUCACCCCAUCUUCGAUGAGAUUUGUCAGAUCAAAGGCGACAUCCAGAAAAUCCCGAUAAUGUUGGUGGGGAACAAAAGUGACGACACGCAGAGGGAGCUGGAUGCCAGCGAGGGGCAAGCGCUGGCCAGCAAGUGGAAGUGUGCCUUCAUGGAGACCUCAGCCAAAAUGAACUACAACGUGCAGGAGCUCUUCCAGGAGCUCUUGAAUCUGGAGCAGAGGAGAACUAUCAGUCUCCAGGUGGAUGGAAAGAAAUCCAAACAACAGAAAAAGAAAGAUAAACUGCAAGGCAAAUGCUCUGUUAUGUGAUUGCCUUUGGCUGGACUUGCUGUGCGGCACAGCUGGAGCGUGGACUCCCACAGAAAAUACAUUUCUGCUGGAGAUUUUGGAGGAAUCCACGCCCUGCAGGGUGGUUGCUUUCCUCUAAAAUCCCCACUGGGUAAUUGUAUGUGUUGUUUUUAAGGAGGAUGGCUUCUGCAUGUUUAUUUUUUUAAACCAAUAAAUGUUCCAUGUUAGCAAUUACCUGUGACUAGAAGUUUUUAAUGUUAGAAGUCUUCCAGAGGGAAAAAAUGUCUGUCAAAACAAACCUCUCUAAUCUUGUGAGUACAUGCCAGUUUUUAAAUAUCUCCAGCCUGUUAACUCAGAGGAAAUAAUCUAUGAUGUGUAGUGUUAAAUUGUUUUCAGGAAUCUAUUGACCAGAGCAAAUCUAUAACAAAGUGAGGCAUUUGCUCUAAAAAUGAA